ACCAGUAGCCGAACUGUGGUAUCAUUUUCAGAACUGUGACGGACUGCUUGCCGAACUGUGACGGACCUUCACAGUCGAGCUGUGAGACACACGUUCUGUCCCGCCAGCUCCGUAUCGUGCUCGGCACCAAUCUGUAAGGUGCUCAGUAGCUCUGUUCUCGUAUUGAGCUGUGCCAGAUCGCCGACAGAUAGUGUCACUGCGGACCCCGCGGCACCGUUUUCGUCGAGUGCCUCCGGCAGACGUCGGCCGCUCUGAAGGUCAGACUGUCGGCGACGACGGCGGAGUUCCGGAGCUUCGAACGACAGUGGCGAGGUGAUUGUUCCCAGUGACGGUGAUGGGCUCCCGGCCCGGCGUCUGAGGCGUGCUCGUGACCGGGCGGAGGGGAGGAGUCCGCCGCUGAAAGGGACGCUGCAGACGGGGCGAGGUGGAGGUGGCUGUCCUCAGCUUCCGAGGGCCACAAGAGAGGAGUGUAUUCUGCUCUCCUUGCACAGUUGCCCUGUCUGAGAGCUGAGCGGCCGACGCUGCUAGCCGGACCUAUCGCACCGAUUCGGUCCAAGACGGCUAAAGACGAAUAGAGGACCCCAUCUCUUCCCCUGAGAGGUCAGCUGCACCAUGGCGGUGGUGGGGUCAGCGGCCGUCAUUCUCACUGUCCUCAGCGCCCUACAGCCCAGAGGUCUGGCGUCACGGACCGGGUACAGUUACGACUACCCGACGUACGACCGUCCGGACACGCUGUAUCCGCCCCAGUUCCUUUCUGUCUCUGGACAGCACACUGUGCGGCAGGGAAACAGCACAGUGCUGCCCUGUGCUGUGCAGGAUCUCGGAGCACGAAUGGUCAUGUGGAAGAAGCAGCGUCAGAUUCUGACCGUGAAGAGCCAGGUGUUUGCGGAGCAGGAGAGGAGUCGACUUCGUCUGGUAGACGGAUUUAACCUGCAGAUCAGCCGGGCCACACCCUCGGAUGCUGGCGUGUAUACGUGCACCGUAGCGCUCAACGACCGGGAUUUAGAACAGACGCAGACACUUGACGUGCAUUAUGGUCCUACUCUGCACACCGUGCCCGAGAGCGGUCUGGUGAUCGCCGAACAGGGCCAGAACGCCACGCUCGAGUGCCACGCCACCGGAAACCCCAAACCGCGCGUCAAGUGGAGAAAAAAGGUGGACGGUAGUUCCGCAGUGGUGGACCUGGUCGGUGGCGAAGUGCUCUCGCUGGAGAGCGUCACUCGCUCCGACGCCGGCACCAUCGAGUGUUACGCAGACAAUCCAGUGGGCGACUCGGCGUCUGUUCUGCUCACUCUGCAGGUCCUCUACCCGCCUGAGGUUGAAGUGGAGCGGAGUACCAUCUUCACGGGGGAGGGCUUCACCGCUCAGCUGGUCUGCUUGGUGCACGCCGACCCUCCCGCUGAGGUUACAUGGACUAGAAGCGGCAGUCCCAUUGAUUUUGAUCGCAUCAGUCAGACAAAUGACGUCAUUAUGUCGUCACGGCACGUCCUCACCAUCGAGGAAGUGACGUUGGACGACUUUGACACGUACACUUGUAAUGCUACCAACCAGCUGGGGUCUUCUCACGGGAAGAUUUACGUAUCAGGCGAGGCCGACAAGGUGGAGAUCACCAGCGCUCCGAUGGGAGGUGAUGUCGACUCGUACGACCUCGCCUGGAAGGUCAAGAGCUUCAGUCCGAUCAUAGAGUACAAAAUAGCGUACCGGAAAACUAAGGUGAACUCCACCAGCCAGGGAGCCGGGCCGUGGACCACCCUGACGGCGCCCACCACGGGCCGUCAGCCGGUGGCUGACAUCCACUUUGAGCAGCGAGUGACGCUGCGUCACCUGACGCCGGCCACCGCCUACGACCUGCGCAUCCAGGCGCAGAACAAGCACGGCUGGAACCGGGUGUCGGACACGUUUCACUUCUCCACUAUCGGCAGAGAGGUGAGUUAA